UAUUGAAUGUUAAAGAUGCCGUUUGGUUUGAAAAAAUGCAGUAUGUGCAAAUCGACAUCUUCCUCUAUGUGGCGGAAAAAUGAUGAAGAUGAAAUUUUGUGUAAUACUUGUUCUGUGAGGACGUCCACCAUAAACAGCAGCAAGAACAACGGUAAUGGCUGUCCAUUUACUUUGCGGAAGAGUACCCGAGCCAAGAGCUCAAAAUUUAAGCAACAAAUAUUAUCAAAAAGUAGUAAUCCUAAGGGUAAAAGUCGUAGAGCGAUAUUCAAGAAAAGCUGUACGAAAGCUCCGACCUCCGUCGCGACGCCUGUCACAUCACAAACCUUGUUUUAUAAAGGCAGUUACUUUCAAGUAGGUGACAUUGUGUCUGUUGUAGAUGUUAAAGGGGGUGUGUAUUAUGCUCAGAUUCGUGGUUUACUUCAAGAUCAGUACUGUGAAAAAAGUGCUGUAAUUACUUGGCUUCUUCCAACCCAGUCUAGCCCGAAAGAUCAUUUUGAUCCCGCAACAUUCAUCAUUGGUCCAGAAGAAGAUAUACCCAGAAAACUUGAAUGCUUUGAAUUUGUUUGCCAUGCUCCAUCCGAAUAUUAUCAAGCCAAACAUUCUCCAUAUCCUGUUAUACCAUCAAAGCCUGAGAGUGGCUUCGUUUGGACGAGGAUUGGACCUAAAAUAAUUCCUUUGCCAACACAAGAAGAGGUAUUUGGUUCAAACUAAAUUCAGCUGCUUCUAGAUCAUGUUCUAUUUUUGCAAAAAAUCUCCUGACAUCAUAAGCUUUGCAAAAAAUAUUUUGAAAUUUCAUGUAAUGUCUCUGUUUAUUUGUGUAAGCAAUUUGACUAAAAGCUUUUUACUCUUUUGUAAUAUUUUGUGUUUAUUAAUGGGUUCAAAAUGCUAUUUAAUGAGUUGACUGAUAUAUCUAGUGCAGCCCUUGUAUGAAAUAAAAUGAAUAAAUAUUUUCUAAAAAUUUG